AUGCGACAUUUCGUCUUCCUGGCGGUAUUCGUGGCGGCCUUUGUCACCCUCGGUGGCAGCUUCACUGGCGCUGCAACUGUCGCUACGACAAGUGAAGAGGACGCGAAGGACACGGCGGUCGACUCUACCAAGAUCGCCGAGAAACGUGCCGUGAGCGGUGCACAAGGAGAACAGGUAGACAAGAAAGGUGCCGGAGAAGAACGAGGUAAUAAUCCGUUCGCAGGCCUUUUCUCGAGGUUUCGAGGAAAAGCGCACGUGGAGGGGACGCCGUCCGUUGCGAAGUCAGUUGCUCAAUCGGAGCUUAAACCGCAGGUCGCGAAUGUCGCGCAGCAAGUUGGGAAACAACCAAGGUCGAUUUGGGGUAAAAUUUUUAUCGCCCUGAAGCUUAUAGCCGGCGUUGGGUUCGCCGCGUCCGUCUAUGCUGCCGUCUACGGUUUGGGUGGGAUGAUAAUGGACCACUUCUGA